AUGCCCAACUUAAGUAACCCCAUCGCCUUAACAUAUAAAGUACUCUUUGAAUCGACAGGAAAAGAUCUCAAAAGAAUUAAAUUCAACUAUGACCAUGCUAAUGAUUUGGAUGAAGACCUUAAUUACAGCUUCGAUUUAGAUCCAGAAGAUGAAGAAGUAGCUGUAGAGGAUACUGGUACAGAGAAAGAUAAAGAUUCACAAGAAGAUGAAUCAGAGGAAAAACGUCAUGAUGAUGAUAAAAAGAAAAAAGCUGGUGAACCUUCAGAACUUGAAGGUAUUUCCUUGUCUAAAAGACAAAAGAGGUUAUAA